AUGAGGAGAGAUGCCGUGAUCGGAUCGAUGGCAGGUGUCUUAUUGCUUGACCGACCCCUUUUGUGGUGUCGGCAAUGGUGGGUGUCGCUGAUCAGUGGGCCGUGGCUCAAUUCAGUCGUGGGUUUGGCCUCGUUUCAUCGUCUCGUCUACUUUCUGCUCGGGGUCCACUGUGCUAUGGAUUGGCUUACUGUAACUCGGUGGCUGUGCGCUGGAGACUCAGAUAAUAAUCAACUUGAUGGUGUCACCAAGUGUAAGAGUAUCAUGUGCGCGCAUAUGUGCGUGGUACCGUAUAAAACCUCGAAUAUUGCAGAACGGUCUGCCCGGUGUCAUGGUCGGCAGACGAUUUAUCCCAUGGUCACCGUGUCAGCGGAAAUGUCAGAUAAUCCCCGACCGAGCCUCCUUCGUUCCAUGGUAGUUGUCGGGUCUAGCGAGUUGUGUCCUGAGGAAUCGAGGGCGAUCGACGGAUCUCCCAAUUCGGCCUGUCUCAGUCAGGAAGUUGUCCACGCGACCGCGACAAUGGGAGAUCCUACCAGAGCCGCGGGCCCGUGGGCGGAGGGCGAGGGCGAGGGCGUGCCUAAUAGUAAUCACCCAACUAAAGUCUACGGUGUUGUAUGGGUCGAUCGUCCGACUAUCGAAUUUUAG